CCCCUUAAAAUGUAAGACCUUCCUUCUCUUUUUGUUACAGAAGGACUCAUUUGAGUUUCUGUAAACACAGCAGCUACGUUCAGCUGUGUGAUGUAUAGCUUAAAACUUUAGGGUUUUAUUGUUGUUCUUCUUAGUAGUCUGGUACCAGUUGCUUUCUGUAACACCUCAAAAAUCUCUCUUUUCAUGAUGUUGGAGAUGCUUAAUUAGUCAGCUGUGGUGUCUGAGUUGGUGAUGUGUGCUACAAAGCAAAGAGCUUGCUUUUCGUAGAUGGUCAGAUCAAUUCUGGAAAAUUCAUCCAUCUGAAAGGAGGAAGAGUGGGUGAAAUCUAAUAGUAAAGUUGGUAACUAUAAACAAGAGUGGAGUUGGAGAGGGCUUUUAGAUGGAUCUUGUUUUAUUUGAUAGCUGUGAUGUAACCUUGGCAAAAGCAUAGGCUUUUGCAAACUGCAGGCCAACAGUGGGGUGCUUUUGUUGGUUUUUAUGCAAGAAAGGUGUUUUCCUUGAGUUGAAGAAAUUAUGACUCUUGUGAAGAUAAUGACAUAAGAAAUAACAAAAAUAAGUUUAAAACCAGAAGAUUUUGGUGGAAAACUGAGAAUAAUUCCAGCAAGAAAAAUACUAAAGAACAACAUGAACUGAGGGAAGGUGUGCUUAUUAAUGUCCUGGUAAAAAGUUUGUAUUUCUAGCGUUUUCCUUUUGGAUUUUAUAAUUUGGAAAGAAGAGUGUCUAGUUUGGAGAGUGAGCUGAGUCACUGUAUGAGGUGAAAUUUUGAGAUAAUACUUAAUCUAUUAAGACGCAGCAUUAAAUUGUGGAGAAAAGUGGAAAUGUGUCUGUUUUGAGAGUAAUUCUCAAAAUUUGAGAGUAAUUUUCAGCACAGUUGUUCUGAAGCAGCAGUCACUAAUUUACUGGUGGUGUGCUGGAGUCUCUUGUCCAACUUGUCCAUUGCCCGGCAGCAACUGUUUUCUGUAGUACACUAAUGCUUUUGCCCUUUUGCUUGAACAACAAGCAUGUUGGUAUGUUCUUCCACAUACCAAGGCCUUCUGACUCUUGCUGUCUUGCACUGCCAAAGGGUGAAUGACAAAGUGGCAAUGAAGAGUUAAGAAAAGCUUAUGUGCUGGUUGCCAUCAAUAAUGUCUCUGUCCUGAAUGACUCUGAUGAUAUGAGUAAAGGAAAUACUACCACAUCAAUUUUGGCUUAAAUUCCAUUUUCUUCUCCAGCUUGCAGUUCAGCUUUCAUAUUCUGUAGUGGAAAAUAUUCUUUUCUUUGCUUUAAGCUCCUCAAAUGUCUCUACUUAAGGGUAAGAAUGAGCAUCUCUUGCCAACCUUUCUCAGCCAUAUCUAAAGAGAUAUAGGAACAGAACACUUCAGAUAUUAAUUCUUUAUCUUGAUAACAAAAUAAUUCAGGGAUUAAGUUUCUGUAUGUUUCCAGAUGGCCCAAGGGAAGCGUAGGACUAAAAUCUACCUUCAGAAUUCACUUUCUGUGUGUGGAAGUAGGAUAACCUCUGUCUAUGGGUAUCAUCAAUUUGUUUUAUAUACCUUGCUCAUAAAACAUAGAGUGAGUUCACUUUGCCUUCUUUUUGACACUGAAUUUGUCUCAUCUUCAGCUUACUUUAACUUUGAAAAAUCCAUUUAGUAUGCAAGCAAGAAGUCCUUUCAAACCUAAUUGGAACUACAGUGGCAAUCUUCUGAAGUCACCUCAUGCUGACUUAGCAUGACAGUAUAUAACCUGGCUUAUGUUAUGUUGUUAGAGUAGUUCCUGUUGUUUCAUGUGUUGGGCUGGGGGGGGGGUGGUGUUGGGUCCAAGACAAAGACACUCCAUUCAUAGUUCACUGUAACAAGACUUAAGCCACUUUAUUGUCUGUGAGCACGCUUAAAUAGGGUGCUUCAUCUUUCCCGGGCUCACACAGAUGGUUACAAUUUCUGUCAUUCACUUUCUUGACCAACAUUGGCAUUUAAGGUUCAAUAAAUGAGCUGGGAUUUUCACCCAGGUACCUGCCUGCUUAACAAGCUGGCUAGGUUUCAAAUUGCAUCUUUUAGAAAAGCUACCAUAUUCACUGCCACAGCCUAACUCUGCAGCCCUCUCUGCACUUUGAGCAUGUAAGGCAGCAUAGCUUAGUAGACCAUUUGUAGCAUUGUCUCUUACAGUCAUAUAGUCAUCUAUAAAACUGUUUAUUUCCAAGGUAAAGGAUUUACUUAAAAACAGUCUGCCUUUCCUUUCAUAAGAAAACCCAAAAAUUUGAUCUUCAGCUUUGCUGCGAUUGAGUUCCUACAUGGUUGUUGUAAACUUACUUAGUCUCUUAAUGAGAGUAGUUUUCUUCUUUCUCUUAACCAGAAAUGGCAGAACUGUUCUCCAUCACUUAGCAUCAAGACUUUCCACCUCACAUUUUUAGUUAAUAAAAGAUGAAAGUUCUUUAACAUUUCUACAAAAUUAUUUAUAUCUAUUAACUGUGUGCAACCUGGACAUAAACCUGUGCACAUGUUGUCUAACAAAAUGCAUGUUCACAGAUUUGUACAGGUCAUAAAGAUGUGUGUUUUAAAACUCCUGAUAUCAUCAUGAUGAACUGAAUUAUGUUGGAAAAUCCCCCUCUUUGCAUCUGCAAAGAGAAACCACUUCUUAUGCCUGAUAGUGCAUAUCAAGGGGGAGUAUUUUUUCUCACAGUACACUUUCCAACAGACUAUCCUUUCAAACCACCAAAGAUUGCUUUUACAACAAAAAUAUAUCACCCAAAUAUAAACAGUAAUGGGAGUAUUUGUCUUGAUAUCUUGAGAUCACAAUGGUCACCAGCUCUGACUGUUUCUAAAGUUUUAUUGUCCAUAUGCUCCUUACUUUGUGAUCCUAAUCCAGAUGAUCCUUUAGUACCAGAUAUUGCACAUAUCUACAAGUCAGACAAGGAAAAAUACAACAGACACGCAAGAGAGUGGACUCAGAAAUAUGCAAUGUAAACUUUUGAAGACAUUUUCGUAUACCAAAGAGUACUGUAAAUUCUAGGUUUUUUCAAAAUUAGAAGGAAAUGGAGCACAGUGUAUGGCUUCAUUGUGACACUCUGAUUUUUUUUUUUCACCCAUGUAAAUGUGUUUCUGGAACAAGAGAGAACAAAUUUAUAAUAACCUUAUGACUUUGAUAAGAAUAUUUAUCGUCUUUGUUUGCUUUGCAGAAGACAUUUAUUUUAGUUUUUAAGAGCUGGACACUUGCAUCUUCAGACUACAAAACUUAUAAUUCAGUUGUAAAUCAACAAAAUUGUUUUUGAUGGAAAAAGUAGCUGCUUUCAUAUGAUGAAUACUGUAUGUAUGUCAUUGAAGUAUAUUGUCUGUUUCAUACGUGUGUUCAAGUUUCUUUUUGUUAGUUCUCUUAUAUAAUUUGUAUUUUUUUACUGUAUAGACUAUUUUAUUUGCAAUGUGAGUAAUUUCAUUUUAGACUUGCUUGUGCACAGUAUUGACAAGAUACAACUGCUAAUAGUGAAAGUAAUUGGAGAAUCUCACCCAUUGGAAUAUUUUUAAGAGACAGAAAACUUCUUAAAACAUAAAAUGGUCUUUGCACUGUAAAUCUUUGUAUGCUGAUUAUGGAGAAGCACUUCAUUUUGAUUCUGUUGCAUACUUGAUUUAAUUUUAUCGCAAUGUGAACUAAUUGCAUGGUUUGUGGAAAGAUAUGUAACGGUUUUGUUGCUAUUCAUAACUGAUUUUUGACGCGUGGGCAACAUAAGACUCUCACAGACCUUUUACAAAUCCAGAUGAAGCCUUUUCCAUAUAAAUAAAAUACAUUUUCUGCUUUC